AUGGCGUCCACAGGUCUACAGCUACUUGGCCUCCUAUUGGCCGUGAUGGGAUGGGUGGGCGGUGCUCUCGUCUGCGCCGCCCCCUUGUGGCGAGUCUCUGCCUUUGCGGGCGGGGAGAUCGUGAUCGCCCAGGUUCUAUGGGAGGGGCUAUGGAUGACGUGUUUGUCCCAGAGUACGGGACAGAUCCAGUGUAAGACUUACGACUCUACCCUGGCCCUCCCCAUCUCUGCCCAGGUGUCCCGUACCCUCUCCGUGCUCUCCCUCCUCUUCUGCCUCUUCGCCCUCCUGCUUGGCGUGGCUGGGGCUAAGUGCACCAAGUGUCUAGGGGAAGGAGCCUACUCGUCCAAGGCUAGGCUAGCCCGCGUGGCUGGGGCUCUGUUCUUCUUCUCUGGGCUGCUCUACCUGAUACCCAUCUGCUGGACGGCCUACGCCGUGGUCAGGGAUUUUUACGAUCCGAAAGUCGCCGCGCCGCUGAAGAGAGAGUUAGGCCCCGCCUUGUAUCUAGGCUGGGGGGCGGGAGUUCUUCUGCUGGUGGGAGGGGCUCUGCUGAACGCAGGCUCCUCCCCUCCAGGGGUUAGGGCAACGCCUACUUUUGGGGGAGGUGGGAGGAGCAACCCACUGCCUGUGGUGGUAGAGGAGAAGGAGUAUGUCUGA